AUGUUUAGACAAGCUUUGAGACACGCCGCCGUCGCAAGACCAACCGGCGCAUUGAACGCCAUAUUCAGAACCUCCGUGGUGCCUGCUUCCCGCAGCCCAUUGUUGGCUCUCGCGCAGAAACGUACAUACCAUGAGAAGGUCCUUGAUCACUACGCCAACCCGAGAAACGUGGGCACCAUGAACAAGAAUGACUCCGAUGUGGGCACUGGCCUUGUUGGUGCUCCAGCAUGUGGUGAUGUCAUGAGAUUGCAAAUCAAGGUGGACGAAGAGACCGGUGUCAUCCAAGACGUCAAGUUUAAGACUUUUGGCUGCGGUUCCGCCAUCGCCUCCUCAUCGUACGUGACCGAAUUGGUCAAGGGAAAGACUCUUGAAGAGGCCUUGGAGAUUAAGAACACUGCCAUUGCCAAAGAGUUGUCGUUGCCACCUGUGAAGUUGCACUGUUCCAUGUUGGCAGAGGACGCCAUCAAGUCUGCUGUCAAGGACUACAAAUCCAAGAGAGCCGGCGCCAUGAAGCAGCCUACUUUGGGAGCCAUAGCCUAA